AAGAUCCCACUUGCACUUGUGCACAUGGAUGUGGUGGGGCCCACAAGAGCCCUUUCCCUCUCAGGCAGCCGCUAUUUCUUGACAAUUGUGGAUGACCACACUCGGGCAGUGUGGGAGAAAAGGGGGAAGUUGGAGGCUUCUGGAAGAUGGGGUGUGCACUUAGGGAUUGCAAAGGAUCACAAGGGAUGGCUGCUAUGGGACUUGACCACCCAGAAGCUAACAGUGUCAAGGGAUGUGAAGUUUCUUGAGUCCCUGUACUACAAGGAAUGGAAGCAGCAGCAACAAAAGCUUCCAUCUACACCACUGAUUGUGGAGGCAGAUGAGUUGCAGCAGCCUUCAAGGCAAGUGGAGGUUGCAGUGUCUGAGGAGGAGAUGUCUGGGCGACCUAGGAGGGAUGUGCGCCCUCCGGUGAGGCUGACCUAUGGGGGAAGAGGCAAGCCGAAUGUGGUGCAGGCUGGGAGUGUGGUUGAGCAGAUUGAGGAAGAUGAGAUCGCUCACUGCUACUGGGCACCAAGCCCUGAGCCCAAGACUCGAGAGGAGGCCUUGAAUGGACCAAAUGGGGAGAAGUGGAAGGCGAGUGAGGAUGAGGAGUUCGGGUCCCUAAUUGAGAACGAGACAUGGGACCUGUGUGACUUGCCUCCUGGAAAGAAGGCAAUCACUUCCAAGAUGAUCUACAGGCACAAGUAUGGACCUGAAGGGGAGCUGACCCGCUACAAGUCUAGGCUUGUGGCACGGGGGUUUCAGCAGACAAAGGGGAAGGACUAUGAUGAAGUGUUUGCUCCUGUGGGGAAAGGAACAACACUGAGGGUGCUGUUGGCGAUAGCUGCACUCCUGGGAUGGAAGAUUCGGCAGAUGGAUAUUGUGACUGCCUUUCUGAAUGGGAUCAUUAUGGAGGAGGUGUACAUGAAGCAGCCAGAGGGGCUGGAUGACGGGAGCGGCAGGGUCUGCAGGCUGAAGAAGGCCAUCUAUGGCCUUAAGCAGGCGCCUCGUGCAUGGUAUCACAAGUUGGAGGAGGCGCUGCUGGCUGGGGGUUUUAAGAAGAGUGAGUGUGACCCCAGCCUGUUCCUGCUGCAGGAGAAGGAUGAAAUCCUCAUGCUCCUGGUGUACGUGAAUGAUAUCCUUCUCUUCUCUGCAUCAACUGCUUUGCUGGACAGCGCAGAGCAGAUGCUGGAGAUGCAGUUCAAGUGCUCCAAGAUGGGUGAGGUGAAGUACUACUUGGGGAUGCAUGUGGAGAGAGAUGUGGAAAAGGGUGUGCUGAGGUUGCACCAAAGGAAGUACUGUGAGGGGCUGGCUGAGAAGUAUGGGCUGCAAGAUGGGGGAAAGCCAGCAACACCACUACCUUUAGGGUUUACUGUGGAGCCAUGUGCUGAUGAGGAGGUAGUGGUGAAAGCGGAUGGCACCAGCAUUGGGGGUUAUGUGUGCUUGCUAGGAGGUGGUGCUGUGAGCUGGCGCAGCAAGAAGCAGAAUGAGGUGGGAUUGUCCUCAUGUGAGACUGAGUACAUGGCCUUACACCAUUGGGUCAAGGAAGUGGUGUGGCUGAGGCGCUUGUUGGAGGAGUUGGGAGUUGGUCAGGAGGAGCCGACAGUUGUGUUCUGUAACAAUGAGUCUGCAGUGAAGCUAGCCAAGAAUGCUUGUCUGCAUGGGCUAACAAAAGACAUAAGGCCUAAGUGGCAUUGGGUGAGGAGACUCCUUGAUAAGGAGGUGCGGCUAGAGAUAGUGAAGACCCAUCAGCAGGCAGCAGAUAUUUUCACUAAGCGUCUGGCGGAGGCGGAUCAUUGGAAGGGCAUGAAGCUUGAUGGGAUGAGUGUGCAUUGAGUAUGCAUGCUUGAGAUGUUGGUAUGGUGGAUGAUGGUUGGCAGCCAGAGAGGGAGAUUGUUGUGUGAUGUCAUCAUAUGCUAUCACAUUCUGUCUGCCUCCCAUCUCUUGUUUCAAUUCGUAUGUAUGGUUUGACUCUGUGUGAAAGAAUUUGUGUGUGGUGUGUUCUGGAGUUUGGGAAUGUGUUUUGUGUUAUUCUGUCUGAGCCGGUAUUUGUGAUGAUAGAUCUUGAGAAGAUCUUUCCGACGCAACAAGAAUCGCUUCAAUCGGAGCAAGAACGCGAAAGCUAUGAAGAUUCAAAGUUCAUGAGCUUGCGUUACAAUU